AGAGAAAGUUUCGAUUUUUAUUUUUGUACGUAAUUUCUUUCUUUGUUUGCGCGUCUCUGAAGUCUGAACUCUUCCCCCAUUUCUUUUUUUGGGGAAAUUUUUGGGUCUGGUUUCCGUAUAUUUACGAUCUCUCUGGUUGCUGAAUUUGACGCGGGAGAGAGGGAGAGGGAAAGGGUCCCUCUCUCUUCCCGCUGGGGGGUGUAAUUGAUCUUUUGCAUUUGAAGAAAGUUGGGUUUAGUUCGGUGAAAACGAAAAUCAUGAAUGUGAUGCGUCGGCUCAAGAGUAUUGCUUCUGGUCGCACUUCCAUUUCUUCUGAUCCUGGUGGAGAUACCAGCACAAAGAGAGCAAAGGUUGAUCAAGAUACUGAAUGGAAGGUGAGGAAUGCCACUGGUUUAGAGCAGCAUAUGGCUUCUACAUCACUUGGACCUCUUGCAAGCACAUCGGAUACAUCUUCAGAUGCCAGAACAGGAAAAUCAGGAGUUGAUCAGCUUCCUAAGGAAAUGCAUGAAAUGAGGAUUAGGGAUGAGAAAACUGCAAACCAUGAUGAUAAGGAGGUGGAAGCCACUGUUAUUAAUAGUAAUGGAACUGAAACAGGUCAGAUAAUUACAACUACUGUUGGUGGUCGAAAUGGACAACCAAGACAGAGCAUCUCAUAUAUGGCAGAGCGUGUGGUUGGCACUGGUUCUUUUGGUGUUGUCUUUCAGGCUAAGUGCUUGGAAACUGGUGAAUCAGUUGCAAUAAAGAAGGUUUUGCAGGAUAAAAGAUACAAGAACAGAGAACUCCAGAUUAUGCGUUUACUUGACCAUCCUAAUGUCCUUAAACUGAAGCACUGUUUCUUUUCAACCACUGAAAAAGAUGAGCUGUAUCUUAACCUUGUCCUGGAGUAUGUAUCAGAGACUGUGUAUCGAGUUUCAAAGCAUUAUAGCAGAAUGAAUCAGUUUACACCCAUUAUUUAUGUUCAGCUGUAUACAUACCAGAUUUGCCGUGCACUAAAUUAUUUACAUAAUGUUAUCGGGGUAUGCCAUCGAGACAUCAAGCCACAAAAUUUGCUUGUCAAUCCCCACACUCACCAGCUGAAGAUCUGUGACUUUGGAAGUGCAAAGAUGUUGGUGCCAGGUGAACCCAACAUAUCUUAUAUAUGCUCACGGUACUAUAGGGCCCCAGAACUUAUAUUUGGGGCUACAGAAUAUACAACUGCUAUUGAUAUGUGGUCUACUGGUUGCGUCUUGGCUGAGCUUCUUCUUGGUCGGCCGCUAUUUCCUGGUGAAAGUGGUGUCGAUCAGCUAGUGGAAAUCAUUAAGAUUUUGGGGACACCAACAAGAGAAGAAAUCAAGUGCAUGAAUCCAAAUUACACUGAGUUUAAGUUUCCUCAGAUCAAAGCUCAUCCAUGGCACAAGACAUUUCACAAGAGAAUGCCUCCUGAAGCUGUAGACCUCGUGUCAAGGCUGCUCCAGUACUCACCAAACUUACGUUGCACUGCUUUGGAGGCAUGUGCACACCCUUUCUUUGAUGAUUUGAGAAACCCAAAUGCUUGCUUAUCUAGUGGGAGAGCCCUACCGCCUUUGUUCAACUUCACAGCUGAAGAGCUAUCUGGCACAUCUACUGAACUUCGUCAACGGCUCAUUCCAGAACAUGCAAAGAGAUGAAACAUGAGCUGAAUGAAGGAGAUUGUGACAUACAUCGGUGAUGUGAAUGGUUUUGGAUGCUUAGGUGCCCAGACAAGCUGCCCUGCCCUGCCCUACCUACAAGUUCAGGGGAAAGAAUUUUGUACUCGGGGGAUGGAGUUCUAAUAGAGAACGGAUGGCUAAGCAGUGGAGUUGCGACAUUUCUCUACAUUUGCAAUAUGAUGUGUUAUGACCUCAACUAUGAGAAAAAUGAGUUGUUACGAUUAUGUUGUCAUGUUGUCAUAUAUAGUUAACGGGCAUUCAAUGCUAAAACCGAGUGAAUGGGAUCAACUAGAUGAAUUAGGCUCUUUUCCAGUGCAGUUUAAUUUUCCUUCCAAUUUCCAGUUUUACACAGAGAUUUAAAGUUACAAGAAAUCUGCCUUCAAUGC